AUGUAUUCCACGUCUGCCUGUUGGCUAAAUGCCAGAGGCAAAAAUUGCCAAAAAAUCGGCAUCGUUUCAUGGAGUUUCCAGCUGCAACAAAAGGGAAGAACAGUUUUCGGAAAGGGAAUCCUCGCGUUGAGAUAUGGCUUGAGUCAGCCUGAGGCCUCUGAAAAAAACUGUCGAUGGGUGUCGUCCCUCAGGAUCGACGACACCAUCCUUCAGCUGGAUCAAUAUUUGUCAGAUGUCUACCACGAGGUGGAUUGCACCCGCAUUGCUUUGGACCCGCGUUUCAAGAACAUGGAGGGCUCCAUUGGUGCUGUCUACUACAACUUUCCACAUGCUGGAGCUGCUUGGGUUGAUUUACAACCUGGCCAAGGCCAUGUCACUGGUUUUUAUGACAGCCAUCCCAUCGUCAAUUGGCGGCACGAAAACCUCAUGCGAUUGUUCUUUCGGAACCUUCGCUACUUCGUGAAGCCUCGGGGGCUUGUUAAGAUUGCCUCAAACAUGGGUGCGGUGGGAGUGCGAUUCUCCUACAUUCUAGGUUCCGCGGAGCAGAACGAGUUCCAGCAUGUGGAAACCUUGCCAUUCUUGGAGUGGUCGCUCCACCGCUAUGGUCGCGCAUAUGGUGACCGGCGAGACAAGAAGAAGCGACCUGGAGACGGACAAGGCUACAAUGCGCAAAAAGCUGAAUCUGACAUGGUCUACACCUUCGAGUACCGGCCCUCUGGAAAGGAUUUACCACCACAGGAGAUCAAGUUGCCACCCACGUUCCAAACGAUCAUAGGCUGCAAUGAUGGUCCUUUCAAGAACUUGGACCACAAUUCCAGCAUGGCGCUCGCCAGGCAGCUGCACGAGCGUUUCAUCAAGGAAGUGUCAGGCACACACGUGGGUUAA